CAUAAGAAGGCAAGAGUGCAAACGGAAUGAAACUCCUAGAAGUUGGCUCGGCAACCAACAAACAUUUCAACAGUUAAAGUGUUUGUCGUCUGUAACGUGUGUGUGUGUGUGUGUCACAUCCCAUCAUUGACUUUUCAUUUUGACAAAUUAUGGUGUUUUUGUUUUUUUUUUUUUUGGGAGACAAGUGAAAGUUGAAUUGCAAAAGAAACCCCAACUCUUUUUUGGGGAAAAAAUGAAGAAUUUAAGGGUGAAAGAAAAGCUUAACAAAAUCUUGCCAUAUGCCAAUUUAACAGUGAAGUGAAGAAAAUUAAAGUGCAUUGGCAUGUCAUGUCGUGUCAAUUCUUAAUUUGUGUGUUACCCACGCUUAUGUGCUUGCGUUACGAUAUACCGCCGUCGCUAUCUGUCGGUAGGCACAACAAAUAAACGCCCCAAAACAUGCCACUUGGAAAUUAAUUUCUGUCCAUUUUUAUUAUUUGGUGUAAUAACUUGUGUGUUUUUUUUUUUUUUGUUUUUCGGAGGCCCUAUUAAGCACGUGUUUGCUUUUAUUGUCGUUGGCUCUUGGUGUCGUUGUUGUUUCUGUCCAAAAUAAAUAAUUUGCUACCGCAAAAAAAAACACAAAUAACAACAACAAAAAGAACAAGAGAAAACAAGAAAGUUGUAAAGUGAAUUAUCAUUGCGUGUUGUCUAAUCGAAGAACAUAAAAAGAAGCAAAAAAAAAAACAAUAACAACAACAAAAACAGCGAAGACCCUCAAACAGAACACUGAUACAAAAAUGGCUUUCUUAAGUAGCAGCUACCGUAUUACACUACAAAUGGUCGCGUCGACAAUCAGUCAGCUUCCCCGCCAUGCCACCUGGCGUUUUAGCCAAUGACAGUCGUAACAAUUCCACCGAUGACAUACAAAUCGCAUUAGCACCCCACAUACAAGCCUAUUUAAGUCAAACCGGUCGUCGUCAUUCCUGCUGCAGCGUCAUGUUACCCGUCGCCUUUGAAAGAGCUGCCUCUAACUCAUGGCUUGAUCCCAAAUUCGAUUCAGCCGUGCUGGAGGGUCAGUAUCAGACGAGUGUUUUCAGCCAUAUACGAAUGAGAUAUAGAUUUACUCUCUCCUACAUACUCCUCUGCUCACUGGCAUGGUUUCUCUACUUCCUAGUGGAUGGUGGUUCCGAAGAUUUCUGGCGUCCUAUCUCAAGUUCCUUCUCUCUGCUAUCGCUCAUAACAAUCAUGGCCAUAUGUUUUACCCACUGGGAUAUGUAUAGGGCAAAUCAUGUGGCCACCUCAGCCAUAACCGCAGCCCUGUUGUGUGCCACCUCAUUGGCAUUUCUCACCUAUACGGGACGUGCGUUUAGUCCCUUGGGCCAUUUUGCCAUAUGUUUGGAAAUAGUGCUGCUCAUCUACACCGCCCUGCCCAUGACCUUGUGGCUAAGUGCGGCGAUAGCCAUAACAUAUACCGUACUCUUUGAGGUGGUCACGCACAUAGUGGUGGCCGGUAAUGCUGUGCAUGGAGCCCAGGCUGAGUUUAGUUACAAAAUCUUGGUGCUGCGUAUCCUUUGUCAUCUGUGUGUACACUUUGUGGGUCUACAUGUACUGAUAAUGAACUUGGUGAGGAUGCGUGGCACUUUUAUGAAGGUCGGACAAAAUCUUCUAGUCAGACGGCAGUUGGAAAUGGAAAAGCAGUUGAAGGAGAAGAUGAUUCACUCUGUAAUGCCACCCAAGGUGGCCGAUAUGCUGCUCAACGAGGGUGGCAUAGAUGGCAACAACGAUGGCAGUGUUAAGCCAGAGUCGCAUUACAUGAGGCCACGUCCCUCCAAUGAUGUCAAGUCUUUAUUUCGUCCCUUUCACAUGCACAGCAUGGAGAAUGUCAGCAUUCUGUUUGCCGACAUAGUGGGAUUUACCAGAAUGUCCUCAACGAAGACCGCCGAACAGUUGGUGGAAAUCCUAAAUGAUCUCUUUGAGCGUUUUGAUGAUUUGUGCAGACUGAAUGGUUGCGAGAAGAUAUCCACCCUGGGAGAUUGCUACUAUUGUGUAUCAGGGUGUCCCGAGCCCAGGCCGGAUCAUGCCAUUUGUUGUGUGGAAAUGGGAUUGGGCAUGAUCGAUGCCAUGCGCUGCUUUGAUGCCCAACGACAUGAGGGUGUGAAAAUGCGAGUGGGUGUUCACACCGGCACAGUGUUAUGUGGCAUAGUGGGUACGCGCAGGGUAAAAUUCGAUGUCUGGAGUAAUGAUGUCUCCUUGGCCAACAAAAUGGAGUCCUCAGGAAAACCCGAACAGGUUCAUAUAUCCGAAGUAACUGCAAGCUUUUUGGGAGAGGCUUACUAUCUGGAUGAGGGAGAAGAGGUUUUUGGUCAUCGCACCUACUUUGUGGUGGGUCGCCGAAAAGAUAUUUCCCGCACCAACAGUCUUUGUCCCAGUAUUCAUGUCAACUCCAAUGGCAGCCACCUUAUGCUGCCCGGCAUACAGGCUCAAUCGAAUUCAGUAUCGCAUAGCGCUACCAAUAUUUCGGUUAUACAUCCAAAUGUGCCACCAGCCUCGCCGGUGGGCCAACUAUCGUCAUCCCUCAAUCCCUCACCUGUUCUAUCCAUAAGACCAAGACUGACUUCCCUAAGCAUGAAACUGCGCAAAAAGUCGCAAUCCCGAGAAUGCGACGUGGAGAGGGGUAUCAUACACCCGGCAGCGGCAGGUAUACCACCUGUCAUAGUCUGUCGCGAAAGACCAAAGAUAAUAAUAACCACGAAGAGUUUACCCGGCAGUUUGGACUCCGAGCAGGAUGUCAACGAUGCAACGAAUGAUGAUAAUGUACCGGCGGCUAAUGGUAAAACGCACUUGGCGGCCAAUGGUUCCACAACUAGACCUAAGAUACGUCUAAAAGUUUGGAAAGUGCCAAAGUUUUUGAAAAAGUUUGAAGAAAUGGGUAGAACUCAUGAAAAGGCGACCAGCACUGAGGUCAGCAUUAGUUUAAUGAGCAAUGGACCAAAGACACCCACGGGGAUGGGGCCGAUGACGACGUCGCUGGCCACAGGUACAUCGACGAAUGAGGAGACCUUGGCCUUUAUAGAGCCCAAUGGCUAUCAGCAAUUGCCGGUGGUCAUAGAGAAUAACAAACCGAACCCAAACAUGUUGGAAAUACCCCAAAAACCCAUGCUGCAUCAUGUGGCCACCUCCACCGGUAUUUGUUCCAGUGUCAAUCGAUCGCCGGAUGCCAGCUGCUGUUCACCUGGUCAGUAUUCCAUGUUCGAUGACAUCAUCGACAUUCGUUCGUAUAUAAGUCAGAGCCGAAGUGAUAUUUCGCCCUUUGGUCGUUCAGGCAGUUAUCGUUCGCAGUGUGGCCGCAGCGGUCAAUCGGAGACCUCACCGCUGCCCCGACCCAGAGCUUCCACAUUAACAGCGACCAAGGGUGAGCCAGGCUUGGGAGCAGUGGCGGCGGCCACCAUCACCUGUAAUCCCUGUCAGCCCCUGAUAGUACCUCCUCAGCCCACACACUCUCGCAACUCCAGCAUAUGGCCGGAUGGUUUAAGCAUAUGUCCCUCGGCCACCUCCAGAAAGGACUCGGGCAUUAAGAGUAAUUCCCGCCGCUCCUCCAUACAACAACAGAUAUAUGCUCUAAACCAGACGGCCAUUAGCACCCACAGGGUAUCGGGCUAUUUUACCAGCUCUACUUCCAGUAUCUCCAAUUUGGGAGAUGUCCAGACUUUACCUCAUGUGCCACUACCUCCCUUGCCACCACAUCCGGGAUCAACGGGUCAGGUUGCCGAUCCGUUGGCCGCUUGUUUACAACAAUUACGCAAACAAUCGGAUCUCCAGCUGAUACGUUGUGUACGCGACAAUGCCAAAUCCCAGAGGAGCUAUCUAGUCAAGCCCCCGCUGCGCAGGUUUAGUUUGUACUUCAAGUCAAGGCAAAUGGAGCGUGAUUUUCGCUCCAAGGCCCACCGCUUCGGCAACGAGAACGAAACAGAGGGUCCCCCCACACUGGCGACGCCGCGUUACAACACCUACAUCGAUAUAUUCAUAGGAUUGGCAGUGUAUUUGUGUAUAUCGAUCUCGUUGUUCCUGAUUACCCCCAACACAAUGACGCCCAGCUUUCGCUUGUGGGUCUCAUUGUUCACCUGCUUUACGGCCAUACAGGUGUUCGCUUUAUUUCUGUUCACCAGGCAAAUGUGUCGCAGAACAGCCUCGCAGACCCGCUCCAAGUUGGCCAACUCUGAGUCGUGUGCCGAUCGCAUCUUUGAGGCCAUCUCCAGCUGGUAUCCCUGGCACAUAUGCCUGGCCAUUCUGAUGGCCAUGCCCGUCAUUCUAAUCAUAGCGAAUUUUCUGCUGCUCGACCUCAACGAACUGGAGGCCUUCGAGUACCACUAUGGCUUUCUGAUAUUCGUGUGCAUAGUGCAUUUCUGUAAUUUCACCCAAUUGAAUUGUUGGAUGCGCAACAUUUUGGCCUUCCUGGCGGCCAUGUGCUUUGUGGGCAUAGCCGUAUCCCAGCUGGUGGUCUAUUCCAAUCGCACCGAUGCCGCAGAGAGCAGCGCAGCCUUGCUGGUGAACACCACCCAGAUAGCCACAACUUCCAAGACAGUGGUGGCCUUUAUUAUUGAGGAGAUCAAAUGGUUCCAGGACUAUCAUGUGGAAAUCUAUUUGGACCUCUUUCUGAUAUUGGUCUUGGUGUGGUUCCUCAAUCGGGAGUUUGAGAUAGGCUAUCGCCUGACCUUCUAUGGCAAUGCCGUGGCCAAUCAGGAUAAAAUCAGAGUGCAGAACAUGAAGAACCAAGCCGACAUGCUGCUGCACAACAUCAUACCCAAGCAUGUGGCAGAGCAUUUGAAGAAUACCGCAAAAUAUUCCGAGAACCAUCACAAUGUGGGCAUCAUCUUCGCCUCCAUAGUCAACUUUAAUGAGAUGUAUGACGAAAGCUAUCUGGGAGGCAAGGAGUAUUUGCGUGUGCUCAAUGAGCUCAUAGGAGACUUUGAUGAGCUGCUCUCUCGUCCGGAAUUCAAGUGUGUGGAAAAGAUCAAGACCAUAGGUUCCACUUUCAUGGCCGCCAGUGGUCUGGAUCCCAAUCAUAGGGGCGAUGGCAAUGAACACAUUCACUCCCUGAUGGAGUUCUCCAUAGCCAUGCAGGGUGUGGUGGAUGCCUUCAACAAAGAUCUGCUCGAGUUCAAUUUGAUUCUACGCAUAGGCUUUAAUGUGGGCGAUGUCACGGCUGGCGUAAUUGGCACCAGCAAGCUGCACUAUGACAUUUGGGGCGAUGCCGUCAAUGUGGCCUCUCGCAUGGACUCCACGGGCGUUUCGAAUCGUAUCCAGGUGGGUAAAGAUUGUCUACAAUUUUUGGAAGCAAAAUACGAAUUUGAGCCGAGAGGUAGUGUUUAUGUGAAGGGCAAGGACAACAUGGAAGUGUUCCUAUUCACUCAGCGCAAACCCGAUCUAUUGGGCGAUGACGACGAGGAAGUAGAGCGUAACAAUAGUUCGAUAGCUGAAAUGAAAAAACAGAAUGGGAGUAUCAGCUAAAGCGGUAUGGUGUGGUCUAAGCACCGAGAGAGAGAGAGAGAGCGCUGACUGAUUUUUUGAAUUCACCUCUGGAGGUGAAUUUUUGCAGUAAAUCACCAUACUCCUUAAGGAGAGCAAAUCGACUGAUGAUGCAAUUCAGUUGAAUUGGAAAAGGCAUUCAAACUCUCUAUGUGGGAAUGUUUGGAGUUCCAAAAUGUUUAAUGCCAUAACGAAAAUUCUCUGUGCACCAAAUUGCGCAACCAUAAUUCGCAAUUUAUGAUUUCAUUGGCUAUGCAGUCUCUUUGUUGAAUGAGAUGAACAUUGGAGUAGGCAGUUUGUGCCUACUCAAAAGAUAUAUCACCAAAAUAAAUAAAAAAUUAUACUAAUUUUAUUUAUUUAUUAAAU